CACAGUCCAUGUCUGUGGACUUUCAUUCGAUUUCUAAACGAACCAGAAUUUGACAAAUUCUUUCGUCGGAUCUGUCAAUCCGUGAUCAUGGCUCCCCGGUUCGAAAUCGCGGUUGGUCUGCGAAAAGGCCACAAAACCACUAAAAUCUCCGCCGGCAGGAAAGGCAUAACAGACAAAGCCAUCAAAAUCCGCCCAGCUAGGCUAAAGGGGCUCCAGACCAAGCACUCUAAAUUCGUGCGUGACCUGGUUCGCGAGGUCGUAGGACACGCUCAGUAUGAGAAGAGGGCUAUGGAGUUGCUGAAGGUAUCAAAGGACAAGCGCGCCCUGAAGUUCCUGAAGCGCCGCCUGGGCACCCACAUCCGCGCCAAGAGGAAGCGUGAAGAGCUCAGCAACGUGCUCACUCAGAUGAGGAAGGCCGCCGCUCAGGCUCACCACCACCAUUAAGAUAAUAAAGCUUAUACUGUAA